AAUAGCCCAAAUAUCGGCCUGGACAAACGCCUCGUUUUGGCCAUGGCACCUCUUCCACAAAUCGUGCAGGAGAAACCUUUUUCCAAGUCGCAGGUACGAGUGGGCAAGGGAAAGCCUUUGCCAUAUGGAUGCACUCAAGCCAUAAAAGGACUCAAUUUCAGCAUUUUGGCGCCCGACUCACUUGCAGCAUGGUUUGUAAUUGAAGUACCCUCUGCGCAGGAGAACGUUGUGACCUACCCUGGAGUGAAAGGCAACUUCCUGCGCUUUCAGCUUCAGUCCCCGAUCAAUCGCACCGGCAACACUUGGCACAUCCAGAUUGCAGCGCCCUUCUCCCUAGAGGGGCUCCGCUACGGUUGGCACAUUGACCCGGAGCCUUCCGAUGACGGUGAGCCGGUCUUUGAGCAACCUGUGCUGGAUCCCUGUGCGCGGUGCUUGUCUUCCGGAGGCACCG